CAAUUUUGUCAAUAACAUAUGAAAGCCAUCGAUUUUUUAAAAAAAAUGAAUAAAUAUGAAAAACUUGAAAAAAUUGGAGAAGGAACUUAUGGCAUGGUUUUUAAAGCAAAGAAUAGGGAAAAUCAAUCAAUUGUUGCGUUAAAAAAAGUGCGAUUAGACGACGAAGAGGAGGGGAUCCCUAGUUCUGCACUUAGAGAAAUAUGUUUAUUGAAGGAGUUGAAACACAUUAACAUAGUAAGAUUACUAGAUAUCCUACAUAGUGACAAGAAAUUAAUAUUGGUGUUUGAAUAUUGUGAUCAAGACUUAAAAAAAUAUUUUGAUUCAUGUGAUGGAAUGAUAGAUCCUAAUAUUGUUAGGUCAUUUUUAAGACAAUUAUUAUGUGGUUUAUCUUAUUGCCAUAGCCAUCAUGUAUUGCAUCGGGAUUUGAAGCCUCAGAACCUACUUAUCAAUAAAAAUGGUGAAUUAAAACUAGCUGAUUUUGGUUUAGCUAGAGCUUUUGGAAUUCCUGUGAGAUGUUAUUCCUCUGAGGUAGUUACCUUAUGGUAUCGCCCUCCUGAUGUAUUAUUUGGUGCAAAAAUCUAUUCAACAUCUAUUGAUAUGUGGUCAUCUGGAUGUAUAUUUGCAGAAAUGGCAAAUGCAGGAAAACCUUUGUUUCCAGGAUCUGAUGUUGAAGAUGAAUUAAGACGCAUUUUUAAAUUAUUAGGAACUCCUACAGAAAGUGAAUGGCCCGAAAUGAUCAAUUUACCCGAUUAUAAACACUUUCCAAAUUAUCAACCAAUUGCCAACUUGAGCUACGUGAUUCCCAAUCUAUCACCGAAAGGAAUCUACUUGUUAAAAAAAUUUUUGGUGUGUAAUCCCCUGAAGAGAAUAUCAGCCGAACAAGCAUUAAAACAUGGUUAUUUUAAUGAAUGAUAUGUAAUCGUUAUCCCAUUAUAUUUAUAUAUAUAAACAUUGUAUGUCAAUAGUGUAUUGUGAUGUAAUGCUCAAAUCAUUAAAUAUUUUUUAAAUUAUUC